AUGGAUUUUGCGACCCAUGAUAAUACACCUGGGCCGCCAGCUCCCGCAAACGAGAUGCCGCAGUCCUCCGGCCAGUGGAUGGCUCAGCCACCAACUGUGCAACCGCAAUGGCCUCACUCCGCUCCCUUUUACCCUCAAUACAAUUCGACCAGUCCAGCAUUCAGCCAUUCUUACAUGGCCGCGCAGAAUAGAUCUUACCUCGCUACAGGCCCGUCUGCCCCCCCGCUUUCCUCGCUCAACAUCAAUCAAUAUCAAAUGCCAGCCAACCCGUGGAUUGCUCCCCCCGUUCCGCAUCAACUCAAUACUUAUCCAGCUCACCCGUUUGGAUCGACUGCUAGUCCCACUGGACAACAAAUGCACUAUGCUUCCGGUGGCCCAAACGUCUUGCCUGCGUUUCCCCAGCCGCAGUUUGGCUUUGCGCAGCAGCCCGUUUCAACAAACAUGCAGUCACCACCUUGGCCUGUGAAUACACAGCCGAAUCUCAACGUUCGCCUGAAUAACCCGUCUGUGAACUCGGUGCCCUAUCAUUCUCAAGAAGCUUUCGAAUCGAUGCCUCUACAUCCAUCCAUUGUCAACGACAGAACCGCCCCGUCUUCUUCCUUUUCCGAGCGAAGACGUCUCGAGCAUACCCGAGGGCGACGGUCAGGCGGUCCUAGAUUCACAGUUUCCGAGAGCCGUGGUGAUUGGACAAGACAAUUUGGUGGUUCGGCUGUGCUCUAUCCCGGCCCUCAGCGUCAAGCGACAAUGAAUCAUACCGGUAGCUUGGACGAAUCUGAGACUAGGCGCUUGCAGCUGCUUCGUAGCCCUUCGACCAGCAGGAGCGUUGUGUCGAGAGAGGCGCUACAAGGCCUGCUGGAUGUCAUAGUGGAUGAUCUUGCUAAAGGCGAUAGAACCUGCAUGAUCUGCUACAACGAAUACGGAACAAGAUCUCCCGAGGAUGUAAUUGAGAAACCGCUUAGACUGCCCAAGUGCAAGCACGUGUUUGGCAAUCGCUGUAUCCUCAAGUGGUUUGAGGAUUCGGAUAGCUGUCCCUAUUGCCGUGAUAAAUUGCAGUCUGAGCCAAAACUUCCACCGUCAUCCACCCGGGCUUUCUUGGACAUAAUGAGGAUUAGGGGCUGGGCAGCAGGAUCAGAGGUGGCGGAAGAAUUUUACCGACGAAUCAUGGCGGGUGAGGAUGUCAGAGCAUUAGUCAGUGUCGGCCGCUCCAUGGCCGAGAGGCGGCCUCCUCCCGAAGAUGACAACUACGGCGACGCAACUAGAAGGACCCGACGGCGUCGAUCCAGUUCGUCAAGCCUCGACGCGGAGAUUCUGUCGCCAACGCAGAGUGCAGCAAAUGUACGCCGAGCAAGACAUCGAGUCACGCCAAACUCGUCGGACCGACCAUUGCCAACGCAGACGGAGCCUCGACUAAACUCGUGGAUGUUUUUGGCUCCAGCGGUUCCUGAAGCGCCAGGUAGCAUUGCUCCAAAUGCACCCUUGCGGUAUCAAUCCCCAGCUCGUCCUGCUCAGUCGACAGUGGUGCACCAAUCAAAUCCAGCGAUAUCACCACCGGUAGCACAUCAAGGUGCAUAUACAAGAAAUGUUGGCCCAGCCGCGGGCUCGAGUGCCAUGGCAAAUCCGCUUCACACAAGUGCAGAGGCAUCGCAGAUGGUCCAAAUGGCUUCCAACGAUAACUAUGCGGAUGAAAUGAUUGAAGACGUAUAUCUUAGUGGACAGGAUUCAUCUUGA